AUGACUAUUAAAUUGGUGGUGGAUGAGUGUACUUUAAAUGUCGUUAGCGCGUACGCACCGCAAGUAGGCUUGGAUGUGGAGAUUAAAAGGCAUUUUUGGGAGGGGUUGGAUGACAUCGUUCGUAGUAUUCCUCCUUUGGAGAGGUUAUUCAUAGGAGGAGAUUUCAAUGGUCAUAUUGGGUCAUCUGCAGUUGGUUAUACUGAGGUGCAUGGCGGCUUUGGUGUCGGGGAGCGAAACGGAGGGGGCACUUCGUUGUUGGACUUUGCCAAGGCAUUCGAUCUAGUGAUUGCGAACUCAAGUUUUUCGAAGCGGGAUGAACAUUUGGUCACUUACAAAAAUAACCAGUACGGGUUCAUGUCGGGGCGAUCUACCACAGAAGCUAUCCACCUUAUUAGGAGGAGGAUGGAACAAUAUAGGGAUAAGAUGAAGGAUCUCCACAUGGUGUUUAUCGAUCUAGAGAAAGCGUACGACAUGGUUCCUAGGGAGGUCCUAUGGAGAUGCCUAGAGGUUAAAGGGGUCCCGAUUCACUACAUUAGGGCGAUUAAAGACAUGUAUGAUGGAUCUAAGACUUAG